GGCUUGGCAGCUCCGGGGCCGCGACAGGGACUUUGAGGUGCGGCCCCCACGCGGCGCGUGCGGAGCGGCGCCGCACGUGGCGCGCAUGGCCCUGGCUCUGGGUAGGGGGACGAUCCUUUUGUAGGGACCAGGGCGGAGCCGGGCCCAAGACAGCCUGGCUUCUGGGCCUGAAAGCGACUGUCGCUCUGUUGACUUCCGCAGAGGGUCGGCGAGUGAGUGGUUCAACGCUACAGCUCCUGUAUGAACUAGAGAGAGGAGCUGCCGUUGCCUUCUGCUCCGAGGCAGGAGGAUGGGGAAUGCGGGAAUACAAACGGACCUGGGGGAGCUAGCUGCCUAUUUACCGACUAAACUCCUGUCCCUGGCCUCCCUUUCCUGGGCGCGUCCUCGUUUACUCAAACGCGGAGAGUGAACGAGUGACAAGAUAAGGACGCGCACACCCAGGCUCCCGGUGGAUGAAGGCUCGCUCCACCCCUGCAACCUCAUACCCCAUUCGGGUCCUCUUGCCAAGCCUGUGCGGCUAGUCAGCCCCCUCUUCUUGAUUAACCCUCCUAACGUUCUGUCUUGUCCUGCUCGUGUGAGCUUUGCAUACAGUAAUAUAUGCGUGAUGGAAGGGUUGUGAGGUGUCAUGAAUCUGAAACUAAUGUUAUGUGAGAGAAUGACCUGAAUCUCUCAACUUGUUUUAACCCUUUAUUUGGAGCACUGUUGCCCUCCUGGAAGUCUACAUGGAUAGCUGAGGAGCCUUAUUAAUUUCGCCUUCCCCACCUGAGAAGAAAUCUAGAAUAAUCGGACCCAGCCUUCUGCCUGAGCCUGAGCUAGAACCCCCUCCUGGGGAACGCCCAGGUACCUUCAGCUCUCACCCUCCUGCCAACAUUGAGACUACAAAUUCGCAAGAGCCAGAGGGAGGGAGCUGCCAGCCAGGCACAGCCGAGAACACUGGAGCCAUGACAACCAGUCACCAGCCUCAGGACAGGUAUAAGGCAGUAUGGCUUAUCUUCUUUGUGCUGGGCCUGGGGACACUGCUCCCCUGGAAUUUUUUUAUGACAGCAACCAAGUAUUUCACAAACCGCCUGGACGAGUCCCAGAAUAUGUCCUUGGUCACUGACCAGUCAUGCGAAAGCACCAAAGCCUUGGCUGACCCCACAUCGUCCUUGCCAGCCCGGAGUUCUCUCAGUGCCAUCUUCAACAAUGUCAUGACCCUGUGUGCCAUGUUGCCCUUGCUGAUCUUCACCUGCCUCACCUCGUUUCUGCAUCAGAGGGUCUCUCAGUCUGUUCGGAUCUUGGGCAGCCUGGUGGCUAUCCUGCUGGUGUUCCUCGUCACUGCUGCCCUGGUGAAGGUGGAGAUGGAUGCUCUGUCCUUCUUCGUCAUCACUAUGAUCAAGAUUGUGCUCAUUAAUUCAUUUGGUGCCAUUUUGCAAGCCAGCCUUUUCGGUCUGGCGGGUGUCCUGCCAGCCAACUACACAGCCCCCAUCAUGAGUGGCCAGGGCCUGGCUGGCUUCUUCACCUCUGUCGCCAUGAUCUGUGCCAUUGCCAGUGGUUCUGAGCUGUCGGAAAGUGCCUUUGGCUACUUCAUCACCGCCUGUGCAGUUGUCAUUUUGGCCAUAGUGUGUUAUCUGGCUCUGCCUCGGAUGGAAUUCUAUCGCCAUUACCUGCAGCUCAACCUUGCGGGGCCUGCAGAACAGGAGACCAAGUUGGAUCUCAUAAGAGAGGAGCCAAAAGAAAGAAGAGAGGAAUCUGGGGUGCCAGGCCCCAACUCUCCACCCACCAACAGAGACCAGUCUAUCAAAGCCAUACUUAAGAGUAUCUGGGUCCCGGCUCUGUCUGUCUGCUUCAUCUUCACUGUCACCAUUGGGUUGUUCCCUGCUGUGACUGCUGAGGUGGAGUCCAGCAUCGAAGGCACAAGUUCCUGGAAAAGCUACUUCAUUCCUGUGGCCUGUUUCUUGAAUUUCAAUGUCUUUGACUGGCUAGGCCGGAGCCUCACUGCUGUUUGCAUGUGGCCUGGUCAGGAUAGCCGCUGGUUGCCGGUUUUGGUCGCCUCGAGGAUUGUGUUUGUUCCCCUGCUGAUGCUCUGCAAUGUGAAACCGCGCCACUGCAGUGUGCAGCGGCACCACUUCAUCUUUAAGCACGACGCCUGGUUCAUCACCUUCAUGGCUGCCUUUGCCUUCUCUAAUGGCUACCUCGCCAGCCUCUGCAUGUGCUUCGGGCCCAAGAAAGUCAAACCAAGUGAGGCAGAGACAGCAGGGAACGUCAUGUCCUUCUUUCUGUGCCUGGGCCUGGCUCUGGGAGCUGUGCUGUCCUUCUUGUUAAGGGCCCUUGUGUGACCCUGUGAAGACAGAAGAACUACACUUCCUGCUCACUUCCUGCCCUGCCAGGAACAAGCAGGGGUCCAGAGGGGCUGCUCUUUUCUAGGCGACUUCUGCUUUCUUCUGGACUGUGCUGGGCCCAGAUGUCCAGGAGCCAGGGAUGGACUGUGGAUGGACUUGGGAUUAGGGGUCCGAAUGGCAAGAGAGCAAUGGUCUCUGACUGAUCCCCACUUAAGCCAAGCGCAAGAGACUCCAGGACCAAGAGAGAUCUUUCUGUCUGCCUAUCCCAAGGAUAGGGUGGAGACAGGUGGCUGACUGGUGUAUCUGUGAUCUGAUGUCGCUCUCCCUUCUUCCUUCUGUGCCUGUUCCAUGUCCCCAGCCCUUGUCAUUUUACUGCCUUUUUUAUACUGACAGAAACCAGAUGCCUUCUGAGGCCAUCUGAUUAAAUAAACAUUUUUUUUUUCUCCAUAA